CAGUACCCUGAUAUACGUGUUCGUCAAGCAACUGCUUCGACUUUUGCCAAGUAUGUAUUUUGUAAAGAUAAUAAUUACGUAGCUUUUUUCGAAUUUGGAUGAAUAACUCGAUUUUAUUGCAUUAAGUUAGUUAUUAGCUACUUUUUGAUUUUAAGGUUUGUUGAUCACAAUUCAUUUUUACCAUGUCAAUGGAUAUAUAAAAUUCAUCAUUCAUUACAAGUUCAAGCAUCAACUCGAAUACAAAUUGUUUGUCAUUUUUAUCUUUUAUAUAGGUUGGAUGUUUUGAAGAUAUUUAUGUUCUUUCAUAUGUUUUAAGACCAACAACAAUUCGACUAAUUUUUUCAUAAUCAAUAUGAUCAACUUCGUUUAUUUAUAAUUUUUUUUUAAACAUCCCUUUAUAUUACAUGAUCUUAAUAAUUUAAUCUUUUCAAGUAAAGAGAAAAAAAGAUAUUUAUUAUGUUUUUUUUUGAAUUCUUUCUUUUUAUUUGAAGAUUUAUCAAAUCUCAGCAAACGAAAAAAUGUUUUGAAAGUAGCACAAAUGAUUCAAGUAAUUGGAAAAUUGAACUAUUUUAUCAUCAUUCUUUUGGACAGAAUAUAGUUGAUAUUUCAGUUUUCACAGAAGAAGAGAGUUCCAAAGUGUUAGAUUUGAAGAAUAUAUUUGAUCAUGUUUCCUCUGAAUGAAUUCAUUUGUUUUUUUCUUUUUAAAUAGAAUGAAAAAGAUUCAUCAACAACAUCAAGCACAGACAAAGGUAAAAAAGUUAAUCGUACACAAUUAGGUACUUUUGGAAAUUAUUCGAAUUAA